AUGCGUAAACCGAUUCGAAAGAUGUUGUUUAUGAUAUGUUGCUUUGCGUUUUAUAUUCGAAAUAUUGAGGAAGAAAUAUGGAUCUUUUCUCAUUACGAGCGUUUGUGGCUAAAGAUGAGGACGAUUCUUGUUGUUCUUUUGUAUGCACUGUUUCUGGGGAUGCAGUGCGCUGUUGUAAAGGAAGUUAACGAUGUCAACAAUAUAGUUCGUCUGAAACGAGCGGUUGUCAUCGCACCACCACGACCUCCGGUCGUCGUCGUACCGCCUCGACCGCCCGUCGUCGUCGUUCCACCACGACCGCCAGUAGUCGCACCCCCACGACCGCCAAUCGUCGCACCACCACGACCGCCGGUCGUUGUCGUACCACCACGACCGCCGAUCGUCGCACCAUCACGACCGCCGGUCGUCGUCGUACCACCACGACCGCCGGUCGUCGUCGUACCACCACGACCGCCGGUCGUCGUUGUACCACCACGGCGACCAGCACUUUACGCAGGUUGA